AUGUUGCGUGAAAGGCAGCGGUCUGUCUCCACACGCUUCAUCACAGCUUUCCUGUCAACAAACAACACUGCAGGUCCAGGAUGUUUGUCCUCCUUCAACAACAGCGCACAGUGGCUGACCGACAACUUCGGUCCAUUCUCUGAGUUAGUGGCCGUCAGCGAGCUGAUCCGUCUCCCUCUCUUCAAACCACUUGAGGUCUUACAGCUCCUCACACCAGAUCAGAGAGUGGAGCUGCUGGGACUGACGCUUCCUGAAAACACAGACACUGUCAUCAACGCUCUCUUUAAUUACAUGACCGAAGCACCAGAGGAAAGGAGAUUCACACAGUUCCUGUCAUCUUUGGUCAUGUUUUCCAAGAUAUUGAAUCUUUCCUGCUCGUCCUACAAAACACUAUUCACCAGACUGGACGACGCCAUGGCAUCAGCUACUUCUGAUGUAACUUCAGCCAUCACACACACAAAAGUGGCUUUAUUCAAGCAGCUACCAUCUGGCUGCAUCAUAUACAGUGGGCAGUGCAAUGUAACGAUGGCAAAUGAGACAGACAUAUGCAUGGGAGUCAACAGCACAGAGCUUCAGAUCCACCUGGACAGAUCAAUGAUGACCGGACGGCACUGCAACUUCUCUGUGGAGGAAUUUGCCUGUGCCUCUCUGUCAGGUUUAACAGCUGGGGAUCUGGCAGCCAUGUUGGGUUGCGAUAGGGUCUCCGACUCAAGCGGCUCCAAACUUGCCUGGAACCUGCUGCUCUCCAAAGCCUCCAAGGUCCUGGAUCAAGCUCUGGAUCUGCUGAGCAACACCACGCUCCGCCCCGACCAUCAUUCUGCCUCCAUGAUCCUGGACUCCAUUAGAGAACUCCGGCUGCAUGGCAUCAACAUGGCCGUCCUCAACGAUCCCGCCUUCGUCCAGAUGUGGUUCGGCCGCCGCCUUCGUCCGUUCCUGCCAGCUGUUUCCGACGACUUCCUCUCAUGUCUCUCCUCCAACUCACUGAACUGCAGCACCUUCCAGUCCAUUGUGAAGACAUUUAGCGACGUUCAGUCACUCAUGUUGCGUGAAAGGCAGCGGUCUGUCUCCACACGCUUCAUCACAGCUUUCCUGUCAACAAACAACACUGCAGGUCCAGGAUGUUUGUCCUCCUUCAACAACAGCGCACAGUGGCUGACCGACAACUUCGGUCCAUUCUCUGAGUUAGUGGCCGUCAGCGAGCUGAUCCGUCUCAACCCUCUCUUCAAACCACUCGAGGUCUUACAGCUCCUCACACCAGAUCAGAGAGUGGAGCUGCUGGGACUGACGCUUCCUGAAAACACAGACACUGUCAUCAACGCUCUCUUUAAUUACAUGACCGAAGCACCAGAGGAAAGGAGAUUCACACAGUUCCUGUCAUCUUUGGUCAUGUUUUCCAAGAUAUUGAAUCUUUCCUGCUCGUCCUACAAAACACUAUUCACCAGACUGGACGACGCCAUGGCAUCAGCUACUUCUGAUGUAACUUCAGCCAUCACACACACAAAAGUGGCUUUAUUCAAACAGCUACCAUCUGGCUGCAUCAUAUACAGUGGGCAGUGCAAUGUAACGAUGGCAAAUGAGACAGACAUAUGCAUGGGAGUCAACAGCACAAAGCUUCAGAUCCACCUGGACAGAUCAAUGAUGACCGGACGUCACUGCAGCUUCUCUGUGGAGGAAUUUGCCUGUGCUUCUCUGUCAGGUUUAACAGCUGGGGAUCUGGCAGCCAUGUUGGGUUGCGAUAGGGUCUCCGACUCAAGCGGCUCCAAACUUGCCUGGAACCUGCUGCUCUCCAAAGCCUCCAAGGUCCUGGAUCAAGCUCUGGAUCUGCUGAGCAACACCACGCUCCGCCCCGACCAUCAUUCUGCCUCCAUGAUCCUGGACUCCAUAAGAGAACUCCGGCUGCAUGGCAUCAACAUGGCCGUCCUCAACGAUCCCGCCUUCGUCCAGAUGUGGUUCGGCCGCCGCCUUCGUCCGUUCCUGCCAGCUGUUUCCGACGACUUCCUCUCAUGUCUCUCCUCCAACUCACUGAACUGCAGCACCUUCCAGUCCAUUGUGAAGACAUUUAGCGACGUUCAGUCACUCAUGUUGCGUGAAAGGCAGCGGUCUGUCUCCACACGCUUCAUCACAGCUUUCCUGUCAACAAACAACACUGCAGGUCCAGGAUGUUUGUCCUCCUUCAACAACAGCGCACAGUGGCUGACCGACAACUUUGGUCCAUUCUCUGAGUUAGUGGCCGUCAGCGAGCUGAUCCGUCUCAACCCUCUCUUCAAACCAGUCGAGGUCUUACAGCUCCUCACAGCAGAUCAGAGAGUGGAGCUGCUGGGACUGACGCUUCCUGAAAACACAGACACUGUCAUCAACGCUCUCUUUAAUUACAUGACCGAAGCACCAGAGGAAAGGAGAUUCACACAGUUCCUGUCGUCUCUCGUCAUAUUCGCUAAGAUGGAAAGCCUUUCUUGUUCAUCCUACAAAACACUAUUCACCAGACUGGACAUCGCCAUGGCAACCACUUCUCCUGACAUAGUUUCAGUCGUCACAAACACUAAAGUGGCUUUGUCCAAACAACUACCACUUGGCUGCAUCAUAUACAGUGGGCAGUGCAAUGUAACGAUGGCAAAUGAGACAGACAUAUGCAUGGGAGUCAACAGCACAGAGCUUCAGAUCCACCUGGACAGAUCAAUGAUGACCGGACGGCACUGCAGCUUCUCUGUGGAGGAAUUUGCCUGUGCCUCUCUGUCAGGUUUAACAGCUGGGGAUCUGGCAGCCAUGUUGGGUUGCGAUAGGGUCUCCGACUCAAGCGGCUCCAAACCUGCCUGGAAGCUGCUGCUCUCCAAAGCCUCCAAGGUCCUGGAUCAAGCUCUGGAUCUGCUGAGCAACACCACGCUCCGCCCCGACCAUCAUUCUGCCUCCAUGAUCCUGGACUCCAUUAGAGAACUCCGGCUGCAUGGCAUCAACAUGGCCGUCCUCAACGAUCCCGCCUUCGUCCAGAUGUGGUUCGGCCGCCGCCUUCGUCCGUUCCUGCCAGCUGUUUCCGACGACUUCCUCUCAUGUCUCUCCUCCAACUCACUGAACUGCAGCACCUUCCAGUCCAUUGUGAAGACAUUUAGCCACGUUCAGUCACUCAUGUUGCGUGAAAGGCAGCGGUCUGUCUCCACACGCUUCAUCACAGCUUUCCUGUCAACAAACAACACUGCAGGUCCAGGAUGUUUGUCCUCCUUCAACAACAGCGCACAGUGGCUGACCGACAACUUCGGUCCAUUCUCUGAGUUAGUGGCCGUCAGCGAGCUGAUCCGUCUCAACCCUCUCUUCAAACCACUUGAGGUCUUACAGCUCCUCACACCAGAUCAGAGAGUGGAGCUGCUGGGACUGACGCUUCCUGAAAACACAGACACUGUCAUCAACGCUCUCUUUAAUUACAUGACCGAAGCACCAGAGGAAAGGAGAUUCACACAGUUCCUGUCAUCUUUGGUCAUGUUUUCCAAGAUAUUGAAUCUUUCCUGCUCGUCCUACAAAACACUAUUCACCAGACUGGACGACGCCAUGGCAUCAGCUACUUCUGAUGUAACUUCAGCCAUCACACACACAAAAGUGGCUUUAUUCAAGCAGCUACCAUCUGGCUGCAUCAUAUACAGUGGGCAGUGCAAUGUAACGAUGGCAAAUGAGACAGACAUAUGCAUGGGAGUCAACAGCACAGAGCUUCAGAUCCACCUGGACAGAUCAAUGAUGACCGGACGGCACUGCAACUUCUCUGUGGAGGAAUUUGCCUGUGCCUCUCUGUCAGGUUUAACAGCUGGGGAUCUGGCAGCCAUGUUGGGUUGCGAUAGGGUCUCCGACUCAAGCGGCUCCAAACUUGCCUGGAACCUGCUGCUCUCCAAAGCCUCCAAGGUCCUGGAUCAAGCUCUGGAUCUGCUGAGCAACACCACGCUCCGCCCCGACCAUCAUUCUGCCUCCAUGAUCCUGGACUCCAUUAGAGAACUCCGGCUGCAUGGCAUCAACAUGGCCGUCCUCAACGAUCCCGCCUUCGUCCAGAUGUGGUUCGGCCGCCGCCUUCGUCCGUUCCUGCCAGCUGUUUCCGACGACUUCCUCUCAUGUCUCUCCUCCAACUCACUGAACUGCAGCACCUUCCAGUCCAUUGUGAAGACAUUUAGCGACGUUCAGUCACUCAUGUUGCGUGAAAGGCAGCGGUCUGUCUCCACACGCUUCAUCACAGCUUUCCUGUCAACAAACAACACUGCAGGUCCAGGAUGUUUGUCCUCCUUCAACAACAGCGCACAGUGGCUGACCGACAACUUCGGUCCAUUCUCUGAGUUAGUGGCCGUCAGCGAGCUGAUCCGUCUCAACCCUCUCUUCAAACCAGUCGAGGUCUUACAGCUCCUCACACCAGAUCAGAGAGUGGAGCUGCUGGGACUGACGCUUCCUGAAAACACAGACACUGUCAUCAACGCUCUCUUUAAUUACAUGACCGAAGCACCAGAGGAAAGGAGAUUCACACAGUUCCUGUCGUCUCUCGUCAUAUUCGCUAAGAUGGAAAGCCUUUCUUGUUCAUCCUACAAAACACUAUUCACCAGACUGGACAUCGCCAUGGCAACCACUUCUCCUGACAUAGUUUCAGUCGUCACAAACACUAAAGUGGCUUUGUCCAAACAACUACCACUUGGCUGCAUCAUAUACAGUGGGCAGUGCAAUGUAACGAUGGCAAAUGAGACAGACAUAUGCAUGGGAGUCAACAGCACAAAGCUUCAGAUCCACCUGGACAGAUCAAUGAUGACCGGACGUCACUGCAGCUUCUCUGUGGAGGAAUUUGCCUGUGCCUCUCUGUCAGGUUUAACAGCUGGGGAUCUGGCAGCCAUGUUGGGUUGCGAUAGGGUCUCCGACUCAAGCGGCUCCAAACCUGCCUGGAAGCUGCUGCUCUCCAAAGCCUCCAAGGUCCUGGAUCAAGCUCUGGAUCUGCUGAGCAACACCACGCUCCGCCCCGACCAUCAUUCUGCCUCCAUGAUCCUGGACUCCAUAAGAGAACUCCGGCUGCAUGGCAUCAACAUGGCCGUCCUCAACGAUCCCGCCUUCGUCCAGAUGUGGUUCGGCCGCCGCCUUCGUCCGUUCCUGCCAGCUGUUUCCGACGACUUCCUUUCAUGUCUCUCCUCCAACUCACUGAACUGCAGCACCUUCCAGUCCAUUGUGAAGACAUUUAGCGACGUUCAGUCACUCAUGUUGCGUGAAAGGCAGCGGUCUGUCUCCACACGCUUCAUCACAGCUUUCCUGUCAACAAACAACACUGCAGAUCCGGCCUGCAGCUCCAACACAGUCAGCAGCAGCGACUGGCUGCAGAAGAACCUGGGAGGCUUUUCUGUUUUCAUCUCCGUCCAGGAGCUUCAGAAGCUCUACCCCAACUUUUCACCAAUGGAAGCCCUGGCCUCUCUGUCUGUCGGACAGCUGGCCGCCUUAUCCACCAGACCUGGGCUGCUCACGACUCCUGACCAGGUUGCCACGGUGAUGAAAUACGUCCCAGACCAAACGUUGGCCGUCUUCUUCGAUGAGUUCUCAGUUGCCAUUAGGGGGAAUGAACACACGCUGCCCUCCGCAGUGAGGUCUGCCAUGCUGGAGGUUGUGUUCGUACGUGCGAACCUGUCCCAUCCCUCAGUGCAGGACUCAGUGGUAUCUGAGUGGCUCAGUAAUCGACUGCCUCCCCUGGUCAUGAGCCUGAUCCCCUCCCAAGUCAACUCAUAUUUCCAGAUACUGGUGGGAAGAAACUGCAGCAUUGAGCAGCAGGGUGUAAGGCUUCUUAAUUCAACAAUCCCAACACUCACUGCGGAUUCCCAGAAAGAAAUCUACAACCACAUUGUUCUGGCACUGAAAGCCCCUCCAGCUCUCCGUUGCUACGCCCAGAGCAGCUUCUACAGCUUUGUCAAGGAUUCGUUCUUGGGAUUCCAGUUCCCCAACCUGACCACCUUCCUGUCCCUCAUGCCUCCUGACCAAAAGCGUCUGCUGGUGAACUCCAUGCCUCCGUCACAUCUGGGGAACCUGCUGCGUCGGCCAGGCGUCGUCGACAACGAAGCGCAGCUCUGUGGUCUCUACAGCAGCUAUGUCCAGACACCAGUGUUUUUGGAAACUGAGUCCCUGCCGGUAGACGUCAGGCGUCCCACCCUGACCUGCGUUUGGCCCAUGGCCCUCCGCAGCGCCAACAGGUCAGAGGUCAAUGCUUGGUUUGACCGAAGCCUCCAGAACUACUUGGUCUUCCUCUCAAAGAGUCUGAUCAGUCCAGAUGUUACACACAACAGCUCGUGUCUGGCCUUCCAGAAACUUGUCUCGGUUCUGGGUAAAUACAACUACACGGCGGUGGAUUUUGUGCGGGAAGACGUGUUCAACACCAUCAGGGAUUACCUCCAAUCAGCAACACCAAGAUGUUACGACCCCAACAACCCAGAGCUGAACUCCACGGCUUGGUUUGCUGAGUACAUCGGCCCUUUCAUGCCGUUCCUCACUCUUGAGAUUCUUCGGACAUUCGGAUCAGAAGCGAUCCUCAAGGUGUUCACGGUGAACCCCCUGAACAUUGCACUCCUCAACCACUCGGCUUUGCCUCAGAACCUCACCGACUACUACACUGGGCUGAUCUACCAACAAGACAGUAACUUCAACCCCCUUCUACUUCCUCUGUUGUGCCGGUGCGUCGCUCCUGGCAUGGCAUUCACCCAGCUGACUGCAGGAGAGAGUUUGAUAAUGUUGCAGAACCUCACCAUUGUCUGCCAAAAUCUUGAUCCACAGAUUUCUGCUGCUCUGACGAACAACUUCGGUGAUAACAUCAACUCCAACACCAUCGCUGCUCUCGGCAAUGAGAGCACCAGCAUGUCCACAGGUCAGAUCAAGGCCAUCCGUCCACAGGAGCUGAUCAACUCCCUGUUCACACUCAGCAACGUGAUAGGCUGGAAAGAAGGACAGGCUAAGAGCAUCAUUGAGUCUCUGAUGACAGUGAUGAAGAUCAAUGGCUCUUCAUCACUUUUUACGCUGGGUAGUCUCGUCAUUGGUGUCCCCUCCAGAGUUUUCAGGGAAAUCCCCGGCUCUGAGAUUUUGGUCGCCUCCAGAAACCCCUCGCUUGUGGGACACAUGAUGUCCGCUCCGAAGAUCGUCCAGCAGAUUUUUGUCACCCAGAUUUUAUCAGUGAACAGCACCAGUGAGGCGAUCAUCCAGAACGUUCCGGACGAAAUGGCCACUGAGAUCCCUCGGGUUUUCCUGCAGAGCAUUACAACCAGCAGCAUCACAAAACUCAACACGAAGAAAUGGAAACGCCAGCAGGCCGAGCUGUUCUUUGGCGUAAUCGCAGUGGAAAGCGCCACGGCUGUCCUGGGCAGCGCAAACAACCUGUCUUCCUCAGUGCUGCAAGGAUUCACAUGCACAAGUGUGAGAACGAUUGAGAAGGUGCAGGUCAAAAACCUGGUCAAAGCCUGUCGGCGCAAAGGCAAAGACAAAGUCAAACUGGUGGAGUCUCAGUUGACCUGCAUGUUCAACCGCAUCAGAGGAGAUUCAGACAUCACCAGCUUUGAUCUUUUCCCUCCAGAUGUGCUGCUCUACUAUGACUACUCUCUGGUGUCGCAGAGCAACUGCAAGCUCUACUUUGAACAGCUCAGCGACGCCGACUUCUCGGUGUUCUCCUCCCAACUCAGCUACAAACGGGAUGCUCUGUUCAAUAACGCCAGGAACUGCCUGGGCAUAACAACCACAAACCUGACUAAAGCUCAAAUAACAGUUCUGGGAAACAUGUGCUGCUACCUGAACACCUCUUACAUCCUGAACUCUGAUGAAUCCAUCUUGGAGAAACUGAAGACCUGCCCGGAUCUGUCUGCCACUCAGGCGGCCGCAGUGGAGACCCGUCUGACUCGUGGGACCGUUAGAUAUCGAGUUGCUGCGACGUGGACUGAAACAACCCUGCGGAACCUCGAUACAUUUCCUCUGUACAUGUCUUCUGAUUUCUUUGACAACUUUGACAAAGACAUGAAACGCUCUUUCUUAAAGUACUACCUGAAAGUUCUCAGAACUAAUGGAGUCAGCAGAGCGAAGAUAAGGGCAAUGAAAUCAGAAAUAACACAAUCAAUUAGACGCAGACUUAAGCGACAGACAGUCACUGAAUGCACAGCAGGAGAAAUCAACAAGAUCAUAAUCUAUGAUGGCACCUUCCCCUUCGACUACCCCGACAUCAAUCAGUUCAACAGCUGUCUCAGUGCUGUGGUCGUCAGGGACAACCUGGAGGUCAUCACCCAGAAGGUGGAUCAAAAGGAUUACCUUAAGAUUGUUCUCAGCAAGCUGCAGGAGGCAUACAGCACCAUCAUCCCUGGAGACCAGGUCCAGGUCUUGGGCCCGGCGUCGCGCGUUGCCUCGGUAGAUCAGAUUGAUACAUGGAACAUCAGUCAGGUGGACACGCUCGCAUCUUUGAUGGACACAGCAAACGGAGCGCUGGAUCCAAGCUUGGCUAAAGCUAUCAUCUCUAAGUAUCUGAGCGUGGAAGGCAACAAACUGGAGAGCGUGGCGCUUAAUGCUAUCGGAGGGCCAAACCUGUGCUCUGUGGACGCUGAGGUUCUUCGCAACAUCUCUCAGCAGAGCUUGAGAGAUGCCAAUGCUUUGGAUGUGUCCAACUGCACCAGUGACAAACUCAAAGUGCUCUUCAACAUCGCCCUGCAGGCGUUUCAAACCACCACUAGGUCAAGCAUUCCACUGUACCAGCUCAUACAGCCGUACCUGGGAGGGGCACCUUCUGAGUUUGUUAAAAGUUUGGCAGCCUCCAACAUCAAUAUGGACCUGCAGACAUUUGUUAACCUGGACGAGAGUGUGGUUCUGAGUCUCCUUGUUAAUGAAGUUAGAAGUCUUCUUGGUGACAACCUGCCUGACUUAAAAAGCUUUGAAAAUACACCGAUAGUGAGGAACUGGAUCUCAAGUCAGCUACAAUCAGAACUCGACAAGCUAAACAUUGGGCUUACAGGAGGCCGAGCUGACAGCUCCGUCUCUCCCAACUUGAGUUCUGACACAACCACCCCUCCUGCUACCACAGCUACAACAGUCACAACUGUCAAAACCACCAAAGGCGCCGGGGCCCGGAUCCAUGGAGACGUCGCUGGCUUCACUUUCUUCGUUUUCCUUGCGCUCCUCGUCUCGUCCAAUCAGGUUUUGAUCUGAUGAAACGCGCGUCUGAUGAUCAAACAUGCACUGCAGGCUAAAAUCAGUGCUUGGAUUAAAGGGUGAAAUUAUUUCUAGCUAUAUGUCUAAUUGAAAGUAAAUACUGUGCUGAUUAUGUUGUUUAUAAUGAAGAAAAAUAUUUCCUGAAAAAUAUUUGCACAGAAAUGGGUGCAAAUAUUAUGAUUGUGAUUACUUAAUUAUUUACUUAAAAACAUUUUAUGUUUCAUCUAUAAUACAAAAUGUACUUAUAUUGCAAUUUGCAGUAGGGGUAUUUGUGAAGGGGGAGAUAUUCUGUAUUUUUAUUCUCCAUAUUUAACUUCUGAUACCUCAUAUGAAGGAUGCUUCUGUUAACACUUACUGAAAUAAAAUACUUUUCUUGAGUAA